AUGCUAGCGUCCAUCGGCCUUUCCCUGCUAGGCGUGGCCUUCUUCGCCCUACUAUGGCCCGUCAUCGACUUCCUCCGCGACCGUCGCGGCCUCCGCAAGUACCCGGUGCAGAACCUGCUGUCGGGGGUGACGACCCUCGCGUACAAUUGGGAGAUCGGCCGGCGGCACAAGACGCUGCGGACCCGUCGGCUGUACGAGGCGCACCAGGAAAAGGGCCCCAUCAUCCGCGUGGCCCCGGACUGGCUCUCGUUCGGCACCGCCGCCGCCGUCAAGGACAUCUACGGGCACAAGUCGCCGCUGCUCAAGAACGAAGUCUACUUCGCCCUCCAGGGAGAAGGGCAGCACCUCGCCAACAUGACGGACAAGGCGGCCCACGCUAGCCGCCGCCACCUCGUCGCCGCUUCCUACGCACCCAAGAACGUCGAAACGUGGGAGCCCAAGAUCGCCGACCUGGCCGGCGUCCUCGUCGCCAACAUGGACAAACUGUGCACUGCCCCGCUCCCCAAGGGCCUCUUGCCGGCGCCCCGCGACCUGCAGUUCGACGGCAGCCUCUGGGGCCUCCUCUUCGGUUUCGAGGGCGUCUGCCAGAUUGGCCUGAGCUUAAAGCUCGGCUUCAUCGAGCAGGGCUCCGAUGUCUUCACGCUCCGCCGGCCCGACGGCGGCUCCACAAAGAUCAACGCCAUCGAGACUCUUCAUGGCUACUAUGGGCCCGUGGCCAGCUUGAUCUGGGACACCAAGACCUUCAGCAUCCUCAAGCCCCUCUCCGGUAUCUUUUCUAAGUGGUACGCGAGGGGGCGCCAGGACCGCUUUGAUGCCGGGGAGCAGCUGGAUGACCUCUUCCAGGGAAUGCUCAAGGACCGACGGUCUGGUGAACGCCCCGACGUCAACCAGACCGAUAGGAUUGCCGAGAUGGAUCAGAUGUUUAACGGAGCGGUCGACGGGACGGGAAGCUCUCUCGUCAACACGCUCUACUAUAUCGUCAAGCACCCCGAGGCGUACAAGCGCGUUCGCGCCGAGAUUGACGAGGCCCUCGGCCCCGACGACGUCAUUGCUCCCUGGGACAAGGUGAAGAACCUCCCAUUCCUCAAGGCCUGCAUUGAUGAGGCCGGGCGCCUGGCACCCGGUGUCGCCGGCGACCUCCCGCGCAGAACUCCGCCCGGGAAGGACUACAUGGUUGCCGGUGUCGCUGUCCCAGGGGACACGAGCGUCAGCAUUUCGGCCUACACGGCCCAGCGCGAUCCCGUCAUCUUCCCCGAUCCCGAGGCCUUCAAGCCAGAAAGGUGGCUCAUCAAGGGCGACGACCAUCUCAAGAAGAUGCUGGACGUGUACCUCGUGUUCACCAUGGGCUCCAGGAUGUGCAUGGGUAAGAGCGUCACCGUCCUCAUCCAGUCCGUUUACCUGGCAACGCUCCUGCACAGGUACGAUUUCGCGUUGGCAAACCCGGAUUGGGUGCUGGAGAAGGUCGAAUUCUUCAACCAGUGGCCCAAAUCCAUGCCAAUGAAGAUCUGGAGGCGGGAGUGGCAGACGACCAACGGGGUGUCGGUGUGAGCACGCGUGGCAUCUCCAAAAGAGCUUCAGGCAAAUAUCCCCGAGUGGCCCACGCCGUGUCAGUCAACCGUGAUCAGCUGCAGUCUACGUGGAACGACGGGUCAAGCCGGGGAUUCGGAGAGCCGCUGUAAAUGCUGUAUUCGUCUCCUUGUAUUGAAGCCAUAGCGUGAUUCGAGGUCGUUUAGCAGUGCCCAGACUUUUGUCUUCUUG